GCCACAGCCCUGCCGGGAUGGAGCGGGCGGCGGGCGAGGGCCGGCCCCUGCUGCCGGCGGCGGGGGGCUCCGCCGCGCUCUCCUCGCCCGGGCUCUCCUCCGCCGGCGCCGUCUUCAUCCUGCUCAAGUCUGCGCUCGGCGCGGGGCUGCUGAGCUUCCCCUGGGCCUUCGGCAGGGCCGGCGGGGCCGUUCCCGCCCUCCUGGUGGAGCUGGGCUCGCUGGUGUUCCUGGUGAGCGGGCUGGCGGUGCUGGGCUAUGCUGCGGCCCUCAGCGCCCAGCCCACCUACCAGGGCGUGGUGCGGGCCGUGUGCGGCGCAGCCGUGGGGAAGCUCUGUGAGGUCUGCUUCCUCCUCAACCUCUUCAUGAUCUCCGUGGCCCUCCUCAGGGUGGUGGGCGACCAGCUGGAGAAACUGUGUGACUCCCUGUACCCCAAUGGGACACUGAGUGGGGCUCCUCAGCUGCCCCCCUGGUACGUGGACCAGCGCUUCACCCUCUCAGCUCUCUGUGUCCUCGUCAUCUUCCCACUCUCUGUCCCCAGGGAGAUCGGCUUCCAGAAGUACUCCAGCAUCCUGGGCACGCUGGCUGCCUGCUACCUCACUCUGGUCGUCAUCCUGAAAUACUACCUGCAGGCAGAGAGCCUGCGCUUGACUGAGCCACCCCAGACCUCCAGGUCCUCAUCCUGGACCUCCAUCUUCAGUGUCAUUCCCACCAUCUGCUUUGGCUUCCAGUGCCACGAGGCAUGUGUGGCCAUCUACAGCAGCAUGCGCAACCAGAGCUUCUCCCACUGGGUCACCGUCUCUGUGCUCUCCAUGCUCAUUUGCCUGCUCAUCUACUCCCUCACUGGUAACCCCAGCACCAAACCCUUCACUCCUCCUUGCCCUGGGGGUCCCCUCUCCCCUUGGUUCAUCCAUCCUCCUCAGAAUUCCUCUGUCCUGCUCACUGCACAGCUGCCCACCCCCACCUCCCUGUCAGCAGGGCUCUAUGGCUACCUGACCUUUGGUGAGGCCGUGGCGUCCGAUGUCCUGAUGUCCUACCCAGGGAAUGAUCCACUUGUCAUCGUCGCCCGCCUGCUCUUUGGCGUCUCCAUUGUCACCAUUUACCCCAUUGUGGUGCUGCUGGGCAGAUCCGUGGUGAAGGACUUGUGGGCAGCCCCGAAGCGCGGGGCCGUGGCAGUGCCUGGGGCACACGAGCGGCGGAGCCGGGUGGCACUGACGGUCACCUGGAUGGCUGCCACGCUGGGCAUCGCCCUGUUCGUCCCCGACAUCGGCAAAGUCAUCGAGCUCAUCGGGGGCAUCAGCGCCUUCUUCAUCUUCAUCUUCCCAGGGCUGUGCCUCGUGUGUGUGACUGGGACCCGCAGCCUUGGGCCACGCAAAAAGGCUGCUCUCAUCGCCUGGGGCGUUCUCUCCGUUCUCGGCGGUGCCUUCGUCUGCGGGCAGAGCGCUGCCCUGGCCGUGCUGGGGCUGCUGCGCUGAGGGAGCACAGAGCCCCGUGGUGACCCCACCGUGACCCCCCUCAGCGUCCUGCCCCGGACAGAUCCCCGAACACAGCCACACCACUGGAUCCCAUAGCGGUUUUAUUUGGCAUCACCGUCCCUGUUGUACAGUGGCUAAUAAAGACAGGAGAGGGUA